AUGCAAAGAAGAGAUGAUCUACGUCUUCAUCACCGUUUGCGACGAUUUCUCAUCAACUUGAAUCUUUUUGAAACGGAUUUGACUGAUGAGCAAACGAUCACCAUUCAACGAUGGUCAACUCGCAUUUAUAUUAUGCUUCUCUUUUCUACAAUGACAAUUUUGCUUGUCUACGAUGCGUUAGCUGUUAAAACACAACAAAUUGAAGUAAGAAAUCCGUCUCUCAAAACAUAUUUGGAACUGCAAAAUACCUACGACACGAAUGUCAUAUGUCCAUGCACUGAAAUAUCGGCUUCAUAUCGUUCAUUCGCCGAAAUAAUUCCAACUUAUCAUGAAAUAUGUUCCAGUGUUUUCGUUUCACAAAAAUGGAUCGAUAUGCUCUUCAAUGAUCAGACGUCCAUGCGCUAUGUGUUAGAUUUUCGUGCAACGGCCACCAAUCAAUUCCAAGUCUUACGAGAACUCUGCAAAUUCUCACAAACGACUAUCAAUAAUGAUAUUCAAGCAUUCUAUGAUGAUGUAAUAAUUUCAGCCUAUUUAUUAAUGACAACAACGCAGACAUGGAAACAACGAGCACAGACACUGAUUAAACUAAUAUGGAAUUCUCUUAUUGAUCUCAAUCUAUUCAAAUCAUCACUUCGACAACAACCAUCGGAUAUCAAACAACAACUUUGGACAACACGGGUUUAUAUUACACUACUCAUUGUUGCUCUUGCCAUUUUAACACUUUACGGACUGUUGAGUUUCGAAAUAAAACUGAUUCAAGUGAAUAAACCUUCAUUUAGUACUGUGCAACAGUUACAAACUCAGUCUAAGACCAACUUAAUUUCUUCUCUACAAUGUCCAUGUACACAAUUAACGAUACUCUAUGAUCAAUUCGUUCAACUCCAGCCAUUCUAUCAUCAAGUAUGCUCGAGUGAUUUCGUAUUAGAUCCUUGGAAAGAUGAUAUCUAUGAUAUGAUAAACAGUUCACCGUCCCUAGGUGGUGGGAUUUACUCGGACAAGCGUGAUUUUUCAAACAGUCAGGUGCUAUUUGUGCUCCUGGAAGCUUUGUGCAUUUUUUCUAAUGAAACAAUUACCGAUUCACUGAAGACGUUUGCACAAACUCAAUUAGUCGGUACUCAAUUACUUACAGCAGAUGAAUUUACAAAUCAAGUGUUCUCUAUUAUCAAUCAAUUUCAACGAGAAACAAAAACCACCUUUUCGCAUUUCCUUCAACUUCUGCGUAAUAUUACACAUGUGAACCAAAUUCUGGCUGGCGAAGGUAGCAAUUUUAAUAUUAACAUUACCGGUGCACCUAACUAUACUACUUAUUUGUCUAUAGUGACUUACAACGAUGAUAAUUUAUCCAAUAUAUGUUCGUGUACAAAUGAUUCAAGCUGCAAAACAAACUACGGCUUAUUCGAUAGAAAUCCAGGAUUUAUCCCAUUUUACUCUAUACCUGAGUUCUAUAUUGCGUGCCAGCCAGUUGAAUCACUUCUACAAUCAACACUUAAAUGUUUCUACGACGAUCAAGAUUGUUUGGAAAUUAUUAUCAAGUUUUAUAAUAUGUCAACUUAUAACAACUUUACUCGGCUCAAUUCUUCUUCUCAUGCAAGUCGUUUUAUGAGAAAUAGCACAAUUGGUUCUUUACUUUCAGAAAUGUUUAUUGAAUCUUGGUCUGAAUCUACAAACUAUUCAUCCUAUUUUGCUCAAUGUCAACCAUCAUCAUGUUCUUAUACGAUUCCACAACGCAAUAGUUUACUCGAAACAUUAACAAGAAUUGUCGGUCUGAUCGGUGGACUGUCUGUCUCUCUACGCAUUCUUGUUCCAUUUCUAGUCAUGGCCUUUAUUGGAGUUAUUCAGCGCUUGUGUUCACAACAUCAGCAAACACUCACAGAAGCGACUUCUCCAUGUUCACAUGUUAUGAGAGUCGGUACCAAGAUUCGAUAUUGGUUUAAGAAAGUGAAUGUAUUCGAAGAUACAAAUCGUACAGUUACUAUUCAACAGCAAUGUGUAGCAACUCGUGUCUAUUUACUUCUUCUCGUCAUAUCAUUAUUCAUUGUCGUUCUCUACACUUCGCUGAUCUAUUAUUUGAAUACAUUUACAAUAACAAAACCAUCUCUUGAACGAUAUCAACAGUUACAACAACGCUACGGAUCAGAUGCCGUUAGUUGUCCAUGUUCUCGACCGUCUAUUACGCAUUCAUCAUUUAUCACAUUGCAAUGCAACUUUCAUCCAGUUUGUACGAGUCCUUUCACCUCUGACUCUUAUCUACAAGAUUUGUUUCAAUUAUACGAUGGUUUGGAUUCGACAUAUGCAACAAUGAACGCAUUCACUCUUCAAGGCACUAUUUUCAGUCAUUUUCAAGCUCUUGCUGCCUUGUGCAAUUUGAUAAUGCGUGGUCUAAUGCAAGGUAGUGGAUUUGUCUCCGCCUACUCGACAAACUGGUAUUAUAUUACUAAGAAAAUUACUCUAACGGCUAUGCUUUAUCUCAAACCACAAUAUUAUGAUAGUGACAUGUGUAAUUGUGCUACAUCGUCAACAUGUACUCAAUCGUCGACACCUUACAUUAAAGGGUAUCUUGUUGGUUGCACUCCACUUGAAUCACUCCUUCAAAGUACACUUGAAUGUUUCUACGAAGAAUCAUGCAUCGAUCUUCUCACUACUUAUUUGAAUAUGUCUUUAUCCAACCAACUUGUACCAUUGAACAAGAGCGAAACUCGUUUUUCUACAGACGAUACCGUAAACUCUAUUGUUGAACAAAUGUUUGUUGAAACGUGUUCAUCAAGUGUCUCAUAUAAUCAAUUUUUUGAACAAUGUAAACCUGAUUAUUGUUCAGUGACAAUAUUCGAGCCAGGCAGUUUUAUCAUUGUUAUCACCACGAUUUUGGGUCUUUAUGGUGGAUUGACAACUUUUCUUAAACUCGUCGUUCCCUUCGUCGUCUUUUCAACUUAUAAAUUAAUCAGAAAAUAUAAGCAAAGAGCACAAGUUGGAAUCCAACAGAUUCCAGUGACUUCUUUGGAUAAUAACACGAUGUCGGUUGACAAUACUGAUCAUGGCGAACGUCUUUUCAUCAAAUCCAGCCAAAACUCAGAUCUCAAUCCAAACACUCUGGAUCCAACAAAUGUUUGCAGUGAUGCCGUUGCUGUAGGAUUGGCGUCUACAGAUCCAUCUAUUUCCAGAAAUACGACAAGAAGUGCAAGUGCAAAUGCAACAAUCACUACGACAAGUAGCACGAUAUUUUCACCAUUAACAGUUUCUACUCCAGCGGUUGUAUCGUGUACAAAUUUGACCUUCGCAACAGCAGUUUCAUAUCCAGUUGGAGCUAAACCUCAGAUGUCUGCCAUUGGUGAUUUCAAUGGCGAUGGAAUACUAGAUCUUGUCGUUGUCAAUAAUGGUGGAAACACCGUGAGUGUGCUUCUUGGAGUCGGGAGUGGGCAUUUCGGACCACAAAUAACAUUUUCAACUGGUCUUAAUCCAAAAUCGGCCACUGUCGGUGAUUUCAAUGGUGAUGGCCGCUUAGAUCUUGCCAUUGUCAACUAUGGUGAUAACACCAUGAGUGUAUUACUUGGAACUGGUAGUGGAAGUUUUGGACCACAAAUAAUUUAUUCAACUGGUUUUUAUCCGUGCUGGAUCGUUGUCGGAGACUUGAAUGGUGAUAGCCAAUUAGAUCUUGUUGUUGCCAACUACUACUCGAGCAAUGUGGGUGUGUUUCUUGCGAUUGGUAAUGGAAAUUUUGGACCACAAACAACAUACCCCACUAUCUUUGAUCCAAGCUCCAUUGCUAUCGGUAAUUUCAAUGGUGAUGCUCAUUUAGAUCUUGUCGUUAUCAGCUCAUUCUGGCCCACCAUAAGUGUGCUACUUGGAACCGGCAGUGGGACUUUCCAACUGCAAACCACAUUUUCAAUUGAUUUUACGCUGUACGGUGUCUCUGCCGGCGAUUUUAACGGCGAUGGUCGAAUAGAUCUUGUCGUCGCUAAUGAUCCACCUUCGCUACCCAAUGUGGGUGUACUUCUUGGCAACGGUGAUGGGUCUUUCGGAUUACAAACCACGUUUACCGCUGGGGCUGAUGGUGUAGUGACGUGGGUCACUAUCGGUGAUUUCAAUGGUGAUAGUAUAACAGAUUUUGCUGUCUCCAACCCUUAUUCGAUGCGCAGCGUUGCUGUGCUCCUUGGAACUGGUAAUGGAUCUUUUGUAUUAAAAACUACAAUUGCAACUGGAUCUGAUUCUUCACCAAAUGGAAUCGCCGUCGCGGAUUUCAAUAACGAUGGUCGACUAGAUCUUGCUGUUUGUGAUUCCAAUACAAAGAACCGUGUGAACAUUUUUCUCAAUACAUGUACAUGA